AUGCCUAAAGAACAAGGAACCCUGGCUCAAGUUUUGUCCGUCCAAGAACAGGUGAUUGGUCGAGAAGAACCUGAAACUUCUCAUCAGGAGUUACCCCUCAACUUCCCAAAUCAACAAACGACAAGCCGCCACGAGUCUUCUGUAUCUGCUGGGUUCGAGAGUGUAGCAGAACCCUCUAGCAGUGAAACAACUACUGAGAAGGAUGAGGAUUGUAGUUUCUCUAAUCAUAAUGCGGCUAUUGCUACUCAUGCCAUCUUAUUGGAAUUUGGUUUUAUUGGGUUCGAUUUGAAAUCUGGGAUGAAAGUUGAUCAGUUUCGUCCUCCAACAGACCUGUCUUCAAACGCAUUCACGAUGUGGUACACUCUUCCAGGGCUCUUGCUUCCUGAAAACGUCGUUGCUGAAUCGAUUUAUGUGAAGGUACAGUGUUCAGAAGAUAUCGUCAAUGUAUGUGGUUCUUUGACCAAAGGUGGCUCGGAUAUACACAGGGUGUGUUUGAAUGGAAAGGGGUUUGGACGCACAAUAAAUUUGUUGCGAGCAAAUUGUGAAAGGAACUCUUUGAUGAAUGACAAUGAUAAGAAUGAAGUUCGACAGCUAGAGAAAGUACUGAAGGAUGGACUAGCUUUGCCGCUGUUAAUAGAUCUUUGUGAGAAGACCGGUAUGGCUCUUCCACCAUGCUUCGACCGCCUCCCAAGAGAGUUGAAGUUAAAGAUCAUGGGGUUGCUUUCCCUCGUAGAUGUUGGUAGAAUGGAAUGUGUUUGCUCGGAGCUGCGGUUUUUGUCCAGGGCCACUCGUUUAAUUUGCCAGAGAUUCCAGCAGGAUAUGAUCCCACCACCAGAAAAAUACGAAGACCGGAGAGCCAAAAUUCAGCUGUACAUGAGAAUAAUAGAAGUGAGGAGCAUGAAGAAGAAGGCGAUGCCAAACAUAUCCAUGGAACAAGAAAAAUAG